AAGCUGGAGGAGGAGGUGGCAGCCAUGCUGGGGGUGUUGAGGGUGCUGCCACCCACCCGGGAGCUCCUGCAGGACCUGGGGGCGCAGGAGGUGGCGGCCAUCACCAGGAGAGCGGCGCAGGACUUCACCGAGGCCUACGUGGAGUGCCCGGCCAUCGUUCCCCGCUGCAUGUGGGGUGCCCGUCCCUACCGGGGGACCCCAAAAUUGUUGUCCCUCCCUUUGGACACCGUCUUCAUCCACCACACCUUCAUACCCAGCAUCCCCUGCCAGAACUUCACUGCUUGCACCCACGACAUGCGCUCCAUGCAGCGCUUCCACCAGGACACGCGCGGCUGGGAUGACAUCGGCUACAGCUUCGUGGUGGGCUCCGAUGGGUACCUGUACCAAGGCCGAGGGUGGCACUGGGUUGGUGCCCACACCAAGGGCUACAACAGCAAAGGUUACGGUGUGGGCUACGUCGGGGACUUCUCCAUCACCCCACCAGACCAGGACACCAUCGCCUUGGUGAAGGACGGGUUCCUACCAUGCGCCGUGAAGAAGGGGUGGCUCCACCACAACUACACCAUUCGUGGCCACCGGCAGGUGGGUCACACAGACUGCCCCGGAGACUCCCUCUUCCGUGAGAUCGAGACCUGGCACGGCUUCAAGGUGACCAACUUGGAGGUAUCUCCAGGGGGUUGA